AUGGCAAAGGUACCUAUUACAACCCUUACGAUCGAACCUUUCGAUCAGGCGUCGGGACUUUUUUCCCGAUGGGCCAUGCGUCUUGAAGGUGCAUUCAAGAUUUGCAGCAUUACGGAAGAAACACAUGUGCCAUACUUAUUACAUUACGUGGGAGCUGCAGCUUUCGAUGUGCUUUCGGAUCGUUUAAGUCCGAGAAUCCCACAUGACGUCGGUUAUGAAGAGCUGACAAGGAACCUCAAAGAAUUUUAUGAUCCAGUUACACUCGAGAUAGCAGAAGUAUACAAAUUGCAUCAACGCAAGCAGGAGGAAGGCGAGUCGGCACAGGAAUACUCAGCGGCGCUACACAAAAUAGCCCUGAAAUGCAACCUUGGCAGUUUUCUCAAGACAACAGUCCGAAAUGUCUUUGUGUGCGGUCUAACUUCUAAGGAACAGGAGAGCCCAGGGGCGACGGAUCUGUCACUGGAGACGGCAGUCCAAACAGCAGCCACAAUCGAACUUUCAGAGAGAGGAACGAAGCAGUUACAAGGAGACACAGCGGGACAGGUGCAGUCAACCCAGAAGCUGACAGCGAGGGACAGCAACGGGCAAGCGAAAGCUAAGUUUAAGUUUAAAAAGACUGGCAAACCGCGUUCGAAUACAUUACCGAAUGUCUCAUGUUAUCGUUGUGGCAAAGGUCAUUUAGCUACGCAUUGUAACCUUAAUCGUUCAAUUAAGUGCCAUUCGUGCGGGAAAAUAGUACACCUACAGAAGGUGUGUCGGUCCGGUAAGAAACGUUCAAACAACGCGAAUACGGAGAUAUUAGCUGUCGAACAUGUGCAAUACCGAGAUAAAAUGCUCACGUCAUUAAUAGUAAAUAAUAAGCGAAUACGUUUCGAAAUAGAUAGCGGUGCCACAGUUACUUUAAUUGCGCAAAAAUUGGCAAAGAAAUUAUUCUCAGGGGAAAGAAUACAUAAGACUGCGUUACAAUUAGUCUCUUAUUGUCAAGAACCUAUCGAGUUGCUUGGUUAUUUGGUCGUACAGGUGAAACAUGGUAAAAAAACCCGAGAAUUAAAUCUUUACAUUACAAUAGAGGAUCGUAAGCCAUUGCUUGGCAGAGAAUGGAUCCUACAGAUGAAAGAUAACAAAGAGAUACAGCAAUUACUAGAAUGUUUACAGUCCAUAAAAUCGGUUGACAAUUCUAGGGAAGAAUCAGUUCAAGGAUUACUCAGAGAAUUUCCGAAUGUUACGAGUACGGUUAUUUCUAAGAUUAGGAAUGUACAAGCUAAACUUACGUUAAAAGAACAGGCGAAACCGGUGUUUGUUAGAGCACGACCGGUCCCUUUCCGUCUACGUUUACUAGUUGAACAGGAAUUAGAUAAGUUAGAAUCCGAAGGAAUUUUACAGAAGGUCGAUACAUCAGAAUGGGCUACACCCAUCGUUCUGAUCUUAAAGAAAAACGGGCAGGUACGACUUUGUGGCGAUUUCAGAGUCACUAUUAACCCGCGAUUACAGGUAGAUGAACACCCAUUACCGACUGCGGAUGAGUUGUUCGCUUCAAUGGCAGGCGGUACAAUCAUUUCAAAGAUAGAUCUGUUGCAAGCAUAUUUACAGCUAGAGGUCCGACCGGAGGACCAAGUUCUGUUAAUCCUAAGUACGCAUAAGGGAUUAUAUAGAUCUACACGACUUAUGUACGGAAUUGCAUCGGCCCCAGCCAUCUGGCAGCGUACAAUAAAAAAUAUACUGGGGGACAUUCCCGGUGUGGUAGUAUUUUUGGACAAUAUUCGAGUUGCAGGGAUAGAUCAUAAAGAUCAUUUAAACAAAUUACAUCUAGUAUUCAGUCGAUUGCAUAAGUACAAUAUACGAAUUAAUUCGGAAAAGAGCGAAUUUUUCAUGCCUCAAAUACAAUAUUGCGGGUACGUUAUAAAUAAAGACGGAUUACACAAAGCCCCGGAAAAGAUGGAGGCAAUACAUAACAUGAAACGUCCAUCGAACGUUACAGAAGUUCGAAGUUUUCUAGGGAUGAUAAAUUAUUAUGGCAAGUUCAUUCCUGGACUCAGUGCAAUUCUAUACCCGUUAAAUAAGUUACUACAUAAGAAUAAAGAAUUUCAGUGGACAGAGCAAUGCGAGACAAGCUUUAAGGAAGCUAAGAAAGCAUUUACAAGCCAAAAAUGUUUGGUACAUUUUGAUCCGCGUUUACCGAUUACUCUGGCCACUGAUGCUAGUCCGUACGGGGUGGGAGUCGUACUCUCUCACAUUUAUCCCGACGGCUCGGAAAGAGCCAUACAGUACGCUUCACAGACAUUGUCAUCUGUGCAGCAGAAAUACUCACAGAUCGACAAGGAAGCAUAUGCGAUUAUAUACGGCGUUAAAAAGUUUUACUAA